AUGACAUGUCCGCAGAUGGUCGGAGCUCAACGCAGCCCCCGCACGACUCUACAUGUCAGAUGCAGUGAAAAGGUGGCUUCAAUGGCAACAAAUAUAAAUAUUUCAUCCCAGCUCUAUUUCUCACAUUCAGUUGAUCUUCGACCUGUAAUCAUCAUGUCUGGAAGAGGUAAAGGCGGUAAAGGACUCGGGAAAGGAGGCGCUAAGCGUCACCGCAAAGUGUUGCGUGAUAACAUCCAGGGAAUCACCAAACCCGCCAUCCGUCGUCUCGCUCGCCGUGGCGGUGUCAAGCGUAUCUCCGGUCUGAUCUACGAGGAGACCCGCGGUGUGUUGAAGGUGUUUCUGGAGAACGUUAUCCGUGAUGCCGUCACCUACACUGAACACGCCAAGAGAAAGACCGUCACUGCCAUGGACGUUGUGUACGCGCUGAAACGACAGGGACGAACUCUGUACGGCUUCGGAGGAUAAACGACUUGAUUCUCAUCAGACAAACCCAACGGCUCUUUUAAGAGCCACACACACUCUCACAUGAAGAGUCAAUGUCUUGGUGGUAGAGUUGUUUUAUGUUUAAAAUAAACAUAUUAUUAUAAGUUCUGCAGAAAGUGUUUUUGUUCU